UUGUGUGUGUGUGUGUGUGUGUGUGUGUGUGUGUGUGUGUGUGUAACGGAGCAGCGGCCACAUCACACAGUUCUUCUCCUCCGCUGCAUCACCGCCGCGCUCCUUUCAUCUGUGCGCGUGAGAGUAGCGGAGCGCGAGCGGUGCCCCGGUGCGCGUGCACGGAGUGUAUUAGAGUGGCGUUUCAGUGUUUUCCUCCCCGUCAUUUUUCCUCCACUGUGUCUUUCUCUUUCUCUCUGCGUCCCGGAGCGCCACCAACUCCCCCCGAGCUGGAGCUUCACUCUUCUUCUUCUUCUUACUUUAUUCCUUUUUAUUUAUAAUAUUCCGAGAGCUCGAGCCCUCAGUCUCCGGGAGGAUCACGCGGCGGAGAUCAAGUUUAUAAAUGGUGGAGGCCGUAGUGGAGUUUGACUACCAGGCCCAGCACGAUGACGAGUUGACCAUCGCCAUCGGUGACAUCAUCAGCAACAUCAGGAAGGAUGAGGGGGGCUGGUGGGAGGGCGAGGUGGACGGUCGGAGGGGCCUCUUUCCAGACAACUUUGUCAGGGAGAUUAAAAAGGAGGUGAAGAAGGAACUCAGCUCAGCCUCGCAAUCAGCCAAAUCAGACCUGUCCAAUGGCAGCCCCAGUCCCAGAUCAGACUCCAGUCUCAGAACGGCCAAGAAAGGCGAGUCCAUACGGAACAGACGAUGCAAAGCCGCCUUUAGCUACAUGCCACAGAAUGAAGACGAGCUGGAGCUCAAGAUCGGAGACAUCAUCGAGGUCCUGGGAGAGGUGGAGGAGGGGUGGUGGGAAGGAUGUCUCAACGGCAAGACCGGGAUGUUCCCCUCUAACUUCACUAAAGUGCUGUCAGCCGACACGGAGGAUCUGGCAACCCCGCCCGAGGAGACACGCAGCACACGGACCAGUGUGAAGGACAGCACAGGCUCGGAGAGCGACGGAGGAGACAGCAGCAGUGUACGUUCAGACGCAGGCAGCGUCGCAUCCAGCAGCGAGAUUCAACCCAAAAAGAUUCGUGGCUUCGGAUUCGGUGACAUCUUCAAAGACCAACCCAUUAAACUCCGCCCACGAUCUAUGGAACUGGAGAGUGAAGUGGAGAAGUUACCAGUAAAGAAACCAGUGCCGUCUGUUCCUCAGGAAACCAUGAAGACGGAACCUGAACACAAGACCAAAGUGAAGGAGUUCUGCAAAGUUUUAUUCCCGUACGAGGCACAGAACGAGGACGAGCUGUCAGUCAGGGAGGGAGACAUCGUUACCAUCAUCAGUAAGGACUGUGCCGACGCAGGCUGGUGGCUCGGUGAGCUCGGCGGUAAACAGGGUGUGUUUCCUGACAACUUUGUGAAGCUCUUUGUUCCCGAGGUGGAGAAAGAGAGGCCUAAGAAACCACCUCCUCCUGCAGCACCUUCUACUAAACCCAUCACAGAAAAAAAGUCAGAGGUUAAAAAGGUUCCUCCCGAGCGUCCCGAGUCUCUUCCGCAGCGAGGCGAGGAGAAAGGUGAUGAAAUCAAGUUGACUGAGGUUCAGAAGCCGGUGCUUCCUGUCUUUCCACCAAAGAAGCCUUUACCCCCGAAGAGUAACAACUCGCUGAGCCGCCCCGCGUCCCUGCCCCCGAAACGACCCGAGCGACCCGAGAGACCGGCUGCACCCAGCAUACAGUGUGACGGUUCUGGUGUAGCUUCAGAUCGAACAUCCUCAGACAAAUCAGCAGAAAUCGCUGAGAGUAAAGAUGUAGACGACUUCGACUCCGUUGUCACCGCUACAGAGAAGUUGUCUCACCCGACUGCCUCAAGACCUCGAGUUACAGACCGCCGACCUCGAUCUCAGAUCUUCACAUCUUCGUCUCUCUCCAGCCCUGACUUCCUGGACUUGCUGUCUCCUGAAGACGAGCAGAGAGAGAAGGAAAAAGAGAAGGAGAAAGAGAAGGAGAAGGUGAAGAAGGAGAAGGGAAAGGGGAAGGAUGAGCAGGACUCAUUUCCUCCCAGACCCCAGGAGAACAUCAGGAAGAUGCCCAAGCCACUGCCUGUCAUCACUGCUCCUGAGAAGUCCUCCAAGCCAGGUCUGAGCACAACCUCCAGCACCGCUGGCCUCAGGCCUCACUCUCCCUCCAACGAGACAAAGUCAAAGAACGAGCAGAGUUCCACUAUGCUGGAGGAGCUCAGAACUCAACUACGGGAGCUGAGGGCCACCGUGGAGCUGAUGAAGAGCCAGCACAAACAAGAGAUGAAGCAGCUUGUGAGUGAACUAGAUGAAGAGAAAAAGAUCCGCCUGUCCCUUCAGAUGGAUGUCGAGAACAUUAAGAAGUUUCUGCCCAAAUGAUGGUGCAUGAUUCUGAAGCUGGAGGUCAGAAGGCAGGAUGUCGGAAUGGCUGAGAGAUGGAUUUGUGCCAAAAGAGAGAAAGAACAAAAAAGCAGGCGAGAACAACAGCAUGGAGAAAACAAACGAACGCUUUCCUGCAUCUCCAGAUUAUUUUUUAUUUUAUGAUCAUUUUUUAAGAGGGUGAUGUGGCACUCUGUAGAAUCAUUCUGUUGAGGAGGAACUUCUCAUCUUCUCGUCUCCUCCUGGUACUGUGUUCCAUCCAGUGGCUCGUCAUGAAGAAGACCCUGCUGUGUCUGUCUUCAGAACGCUUCACUUCUUUAUUUUUAUUGUCCUUCUCAUUAUCCCUGCAGCUUUGGUUCUCUUCCAUCCCUCUCCAUCUCUCUCUCUCUCUCUCUCCAUCCCUCUCUCUCUCUCUCUCUCCCCUCUCUCUCUCUCUCUCU